AUGCCGCCAGGAGAGAGAUUCUUUGAAGAACUACUCAUAGUCUCUCAUACACAAAAGCUCUUAGAGCUACCUGAUUGCUUCAAUGAGUCUACAAGUCAUCUGAAGUUUAGUGCUAGCAUUGCUAGAUGCAUAUUCCUUGGGGAAAAGAAGGUCCUCCACAAAACCCUGUAUUGGUUAGCCUCUUUGUAG